CUAGGUAUAUGGUCUUCAUCAUUUCUCUCUUUUCCAGUGCAAAAUUAUAGAAAUCUUACUUUCUAUCUAGUACGACAGAAAAACACAAGAAGCAUUGCCGAUCGAGCUAUACGGGUCGGAUGAAGGGCUCCUAGAUCUACUACUGCUUCUGUGCCUGUGCCUGCCUUUGUUGUUUUAGCUGCUGCCAACCAAUUUCCAGUCUGUAAAGAAAGAUACCAGAAGCUCAAUCAUAUAUUGGGGGCAAGAGAUGGAAGACGAACAGUUCUCAGACACAACGGCACCCGCCCUCAUCCCGCCAUUCCCAAGAGACUCCCGCGGCUCUCUCGAAGUCUUCAACCCCUCCACCUUCUCCACCGCCGCCAAACCAACAAAAACUACAACCGGUUCACCAGCCUUCCGCUCCCAGCAGACGUGGCAGAGCUGGACAGACCCACUUGCCACCACCCCGGAACCCGACCCAUUACCCAACCUCGCCUCCAAGUCCACCCGCACCGCCGACAUCACAACCUCAUGGAUGGCCCUCAAGGACGUCGCCCACCACUCCCCAACCCCAUCUCCGCUGUCCAAUAUUCAGCAGACAAUCUCCUCCUCCUCUGUCGAUGCAAACGACAAGCCGUCCGACGACGCCGCGCAGAGGGCUGCCGAGUGGGGUCUGGUGCUGAAGACGGACGAGGAGACCGGGAAGCCGCAGGGAGUCGGCGUCCGGACCUCGGGCGGACCCGAAGACUCGACUUCCAAACCGAGUCUUGGCGGAGGAACUGAGGCCUCGAGAAGGAACUCGAACAACUCGACUCGGAGCUCCGGCGAGUUGUCGUCGGACGACGUGUUCGGCGGAGGGAAAGAGAGAGGGAUUCCAAGAGUUUCGAAUGACUUGAAAGACGCGCUGUCGACGUUUCAGCAGACGUUCGUCGUUUCGGACGCCACCAAACCCGAUUACCCGAUUCUUUACGCCAGCGCCGGGUUCUUUAAAAUGACCGGGUACACCUCCAAGGAGGUCAUCGGCAGGAACUGCCGGUUUUUGCAGGGGGCGGGUACGGACCCGCAAGAUGUUGCACAGAUAAGGGAGGCUUUGCAAGGGAACAAGAGUUACUGUGGGAGGUUGCUGAAUUAUAAGAAAGAUGGGACCCCUUUUUGGAAUUUACUCACUAUUGCUCCCAUCAAGGACGAGAGUGGGAAGGUUCUCAAAUUCAUUGGAAUGCAAGUGGAAGUGAGCAAGCAUACAGAGGGGUCCAAGGAUAAGAUGCUGCGUCCUAAUGGAUUGCCCGAAUCCUUGAUUCGAUAUGAUGCUCGUCAGAAAGAGAUGGCUUCAAACUCAGUAUCUGAACUGGUACAGGCAGUGAAAAGACCAAGAUCACUUAGCGAAUCAGCAAAUCGUCCCUUCUUUAGAAAGUCAGAAGGUGGCAGGGCAGAGGAGAGAACAGAUCAGCCUCCAGCUAGGAGAAACUCUGAGAGUGUUGGUGUACCUAGGCGAAACUCACGCGGGGAUCAUCCAAAAAUCUCAAUGCAGCGUAUCAACGAGUUGCCUGAAAAGAAACCGAAAAAAACUAGCCGGCUUUCUUUCAUGGGGAGGAUUAGGAAAAGCCAAACUAUUGAGGAAAGCUUUGACACCGGAGUCCCUGAGGAUAGCUAUGAGAGUGACGAGGAGAGACCGGACAGUCUUGACGACAAAGUAAGACAGAAGGAAAUGAGGAAGGGUAUUGAUCUUGCUACAACACUCGAACGUAUUGAGAAAAACUUUGUCAUUACUGAUCCAAGGCUGCCUGAUAAUCCCAUUAUAUUUGCGUCCGACAGUUUCUUAGAGCUUACAGAGUACAGCCGCGAAGAAAUAUUGGGAAGAAAUUGCAGGUUCCUGCAAGGACCUGAAACUGAUCCGGAAACCGUGAAGAAAAUAAGAGAUGCAAUCAACAACCAGACUGAAGUUACCGUGCAGCUCAUCAAUUAUUCGAAAAGCGGUAAAAAGUUCUGGAAUGUAUUUCAUCUGCAGCCUAUGCGUGAUCAAAAGGGGGAGGUGCAGUAUUUUAUUGGGGUGCAACUAGAUGGCAGUGAGCAUAUUGAGCCUCUUAAGAACGCUAUUCCUGAAGAUACCGUAAAAGAGAGCGAAAAACUGAUCAGAGAAACUGCAGAAAAUGUCGAUGAGGCAGCGAGAGAACUUCCUGAUGCCAAUUUGAAACCAGAAGAUCUGUGGAUGAACCAUUCGAAGGCUGUUCAUCCAAAGCCUCAUAGAAAAUAUACCCCCUCUUGGGUAGCUAUCCAAAAGAUUCUAGACAGUGGAGAGCCGAUCGGAUUGAAACAUUUUAGGCCUAUAAAACCCUUGGGAUCUGGUGAUACUGGCAAUGUGCAUUUGGUUGAACUGAGUGGAACCGGUCACUACUUCGCCAUGAAGGCUAUGGAUAAGGGUGUCAUGCUCAAUCGCAACAAGGUGCACAGAGCUUGCGCAGAGAGAGAGAUCCUCGACAUAUUGGAUCACCCUUUUCUUCCUGCAUUGUAUGCUUCAUUUCAGACCAAAACACAUGUUUGCCUCAUUACUGAUUACUACCCGGGUGGAGAACUCUUCGUGCUUUUGGACAGACAACCGACGAAGGUUCUUAAGGAGGAUUCUGCGAGAUUUUACGUUGCAGAGGUAGUUGUUGCACUGGAGUAUCUUCACUGUCAGGGGAUAAUAUACAGGGAUUUGAAGCCAGAAAAUGUUUUACUUCAGAGCAAUGGGCAUGUGUCCCUGACAGAUUUUGAUCUAUCGUGUUUAACAUCUUGCAAACCACAGCUUCUACUUCCAAGCAUCAAAGAAAAGAAAAAACAACGCAAAUCUCAACAAAAUAUGAUCUUCAUGGCUGAACCAAUGAGAGCAUCAAAUUCCUUCGUUGGAACUGAAGAGUACAUAGCUCCGGAAAUCAUAACUGGAGCAGGUCAUACCAGUGCAGUGGACUGGUGGGCUCUUGGUAUUCUUCUGUAUGAAAUGCUCUAUGGAUAUACACCAUUCAGGGGGAAAACAAGGCAAAGGACGUUCGCCAAUAUUCUUCACAAGGAUCUUAAAUUUCCAGGAAGUAUAUCGGCAAGUCUCCAAGCAAAGCAGUUAAUGUAUCGGUUGUUGCACCGUGAUCCCAAAAACAGAUUGGGCUCACAGGAAGGAGCAGAUGAAAUUAAGCGCCAUCCGUUCUUCAAGGGAAUCAACUGGGCUCUUGUUCGCUGCAUGAACCCUCCUCAACUCGAUGCUCCCCUCUUUGCAAAAACUGAAGCCGAAAGGGGAGCAGAUGCUGUAGAUCCUGAGAUGCAAGAUUUACAAACAAACAUAUUCUAAGAGGAAUUUUCUGGUGCACGUUUUGAGUACUUAAACUGUAUCUCAUUCGGGAAAUUGCGAAGAAAAGCUCAUCGUUUCGUUCAAACAUUCCGGUGUAGAUGAUAGAACUUUAAGGUUUUUAAUAAUUGUUCGUCCGAUGUCUGCAAAGUGUGAUGUUUCUGUAAUCUAUGUUGGUUUGUACUCCAAAAAUUUGAAAUUUAAUUAAUUAAUUUAACCUGUUUUUCUGUC